GUUUUCUUCUAAUGGAUAACAAAUAGAUUGUUUUGCAUAUUUAAAUUUCCAAAGAAAAAUACCACAAACUCUAAUCCUCGAUUAGCACGCUAUCUGGGAAGCAAAAUUGAUUUGACUACCAUUUGACCAGCAACCCAAUAUUUUUCCUCCGCAUAAGUUGGGCAUGUUACUGCAUCAAUGGCAAGGCCUGGUGUUCAAAAAUGGAUUACUUCAUCAAAAAGCAACUGGAGGACGACUAAAGAUCAAACACAAGAAGAAUAAGGUCAAGCUCGCAGUCUUGCAGUUCUACAAGGUUGAUGACUCUGGCAAGGUUCAGAGGUUGAAGAAUGAGUGCCCAAACGUCGACAUGGCAAGAUCUUACUGUCAACCACCUCAUCUUGUUGGACUUGACCUGCAAGGAGCAUUGGAAUUAUUAGCAAACAAAAUUUUGAUAGUAACCCUCCAUGAAAAGAUAUUUUUAAGAGAACAUAUAAAAUGCAUGAUGAUGUAGAGUUCUCUGGAUGUCUGAAUUUUCUCUGAAUGUUUGGAGAGAAUUUCUCUGGAUCAAAUUUUUUCUGUAUUGAUGUUGAGGACCUUAGAUAUUAUGAAAAUAUUGAAUGUCUUUUAUAUUAUAACAUCUUAAUACCAGGGACUCUAAAAAAAAUCUCCCCAAUCAUAAUAUCAUAGAGCAAUAUGUGACCGUAUUCUAGAAAUACUCAAUAAUCACUCAAU